AUGGCCGACCCCACCGAUCUAAACCUGGACGCGCCGAGCGACCUUCAGGAUAUUCCUGAACUAGCUAUGCAACUGCUGCCCCCUCCUGAAGGAACAUAUCCCGAUAAGUCCUCGCUGCUGGCAGCAGUCCAAGAGCACGGCAAAACCCACGGAUACAAUGUCGUCGUCAAAUCAUCGAGCACCCCAACAGAGAAGAAGCCCGGUCGGACGGCCAAGGUGUGGCUCCGCUGCGAUCGCGGGGGCCACUAUCGUCCUCGGAACGGCCUGACAGAGGAGACACGGAAACGGAGGCGCACGUCGCGGCUCAUGGACUGCCCCUUCAUGCUGGUCGCAGCUGGGUCUCCCGGCAUCUGGACGUUGACCGUUCUCAACCCAACGCAUAACCAUGGCCCCGUUAUUGAGAAGUCCCGGCAAGUACCGCAUCACAAGGUCCGGAAAGGUCAGCUGCCGGCUAUCCCAUAUGACUGGCCACAUGACGCGACCUUCACUCCGUACACGACGGCGCUCGUUAUUAUUGACAUGCAGAAAGAUUUCUGUUCGCCGGGCGGGUAUAUGGAGUACCAAGGCUAUGAUAUCUCGGCCGCGCAAUCUUUGAUCCCCAAAUUACAACAACUGUUGGUCUCCUUCCGGUCUGGAGGCUUCCCAGUCUAUCAUACCCGCGAAGGCCAUCGACCCGACCUGUCCACUCUCUCGAGCAGAGAAUCGUACCGUUCUCGCAACAAUGCCUCGGGCCUUGGUAUUGGCUCUCCCGGUCCUUUGGGCCGUCUACUCAUUCGCGGUGAAAUGGGCCACGAUACUGUGGAUGAACUGUAUCCUCUGCCCGGGGAACCGGUGAUCGAUAAACCAGGUCGCGGCGCCUUCGCCCACACAGACUUUGAGCUCCUCCUUCGGAACAAGGGUAUCAAGAACCUGGUUAUCGCGGGCGUGACAACCGAUGUCUGCGUUUCCACAACCAUGCGCGAAGCCAACGACCGUGGCUUUGACUGUGUCGUCGUUGAAGACGGCACUGCUGCCAGCGAGCCCUCGCUGCACGUCGGCACAAUCGAGUCGGUGAAGAUGGAAGGCGGCAUCUUCGGUGCAGUCGCCAAACUGGACGAUAUCGUGCAUGCCGUCGACAGUUUCAAGGCUAUCACGAUGAAGAAGCUUGCUCCUCAGAUGGGGGUCUGA